CUAACCCUGCUGGCUGUGCUACUGGAGAAGAAGAAGGGUGCCGCAGUGGAGAUUGCCUCCAGUGGUAUCGUUCCCAUCCUGGCCCAGUCCCUCAGGAAGAAGAGUCUCCUCACCAACCAGGUGGCACUGGUGGUGGCAGAAAUGGCCAGGGAAGCGGCCGUGAGGGACACGUGCAUUGAGGCGGGGCUAGUGAAGGUUCUGGUGCCCCUGCUGAACAGUGCAGAUGAGGAACUGUUGCUCCACACUGGAAGAGCCAUCGGACGCAUCUGCUUCGACAACACGGCCCAGCAGGAUCAGCUGGUGCAGAGUGGGGUGAUCCCCAGGCUGGUGGCCAUCAUGAGGGAGUAUCCAGAGAAUGACCCACUGGUCAACGUGUGUCUGCUGGCCCUSUGUAACCUGGCCGACAUGGACACGGCGCGGGAGGCGCUGGUAGAGGUGGGCGUGGCAGAGGUGCUGACAGCCCAGCUGAAACGGGCUCCUGACGCAGAGAGAAGACACAUCAUACUGGAGGUUCUGGGAUCACUGGGAGAGAGUGACGUGCUAAAGCUGCAGUUUGUGGAGUCGGGGGUGCCUAAGGCUCUGUCUGAGAUGAUUCGAGGUCUACAGGGUGGCUCUGAUCCCCAUGAUCUCUGCAGCAUCAAGAUCGGCUCCAACCUCAUCGUGUCUCUCCUGCUGGGAGAUGAGUCCAUGCAGAAGUGUUUCGGCGAGGGCACAGGAGUGGUGUACCAGGACGUGCUCUCCUGGCUGCAGUCCUCCAACACUCAGCUGCAGCUGUCUGGAGCCCUGGCCAUCGCCAAUUUUGCCAGGAACGACAGUAACUGUGUGAAGAUGUUGGAGCUGGGGGUGGUUCCACAUAUCCUGACCCUGCUAGAGCAGCAUGUGGACGAAGGCGACGUGUCCGUCCAGCAUGCCGGACUGAGCGCUCUCAGAAACCUGGCCAUCCCAGCCACUAAUAAGGUGAGGAUGCUGAAGGACGGGGUGACAGAGAGAAUCAGGACCUUGCUGCGCUCUGACAUGCCCCCAGUGCAGUUCAAACUGUUGGGCACCCUGCGCAUGAUGGUGGAUGGCCAAGAGGAGGCAGCUACAGUGCUGGGCAAAGAUGAGGUUCUGUUGGCGAGGGUCAUGGAGUGGUGUGAGGCAAGGGACCAUGCAGGGGUCAGGGGAGAGGCAAACCGCCUCCUGGCUGCCCUUAUUAGACACAGUCGUGCUCCGGAAGUCAUCAACGCUGUAACCAAAGCAGAUGGGGUGCGUCACCUCAUCUCCAUGGCAACCAGUGAACACGUCAUCAUGCAGAAUGAAGCCCUGGUUGCCCUGGCGAUUGCAUCUGCCAUUGACAUUGACUCCAUGCAGAAUCAUUCCAGGAGGCAGAGCUCUUGCCUACACUGCAGAAGAUGCUGGAAGACCCAGUGGGGGCAGUGGAGGUCAGUUCAGCGCCUAGGCCUCAUCUGUAGCCUGGCAACUCCAGUAGGCAUGAUGAAGGAAGAAAUGGAAUCUCUUAACCUGAAGGAGACGCUCAACAAGCUCUCUGGUCACUCCAGCACCAAGCUAGCCACACAGGCCGACACAGUGCUGGCCAUGCUCUCUGAAACCAGCUAG